AUGAUUCUGGGAGAAGGGCCACGUCCCUCGGCAAUGUUUCAGGUUCCUCCAUGGCAGAUGUGCGACGACCCGGUGACCGGGAUGUCCUACUCGAUCCCCGUGAGCGGGGUCGCAGGGGGUAAUGGAGGGGACUUGUCCUCCUUCCUCCUCAGCGAGGCGGCGCUGGCGGCUCUGCAGCGGUUCCUCCCCUCCAACGAGCCGUACGCCUCCGAGGAGAUGCGACGGAGGGAGGAGGAGCAGGGGGAGGAGGCGGAGGAGGACGACCUUAUGGACUCGCCGGUGGACGCCUACUCCUGCGACGAGUUCCGCAUGUACGAGUUCAAGGUGCGGCGCUGCGUGCGCGGCCGGUCCCACGAUUGGACUGAGUGCCCCUACGCCCACCCGGGGGAGAAGGCCAGGCGCAGGGACCCCCGCAAGUUCCACUACUCCGGCGUCGCCUGCCCCGACUUCCGCAAGGGCGUCUGCAAGAGGGGUGACGCCUGCGAGUACGCCCACGGGGUGUUCGAGUGCUGGCUCCAUCCCUCCAGGUACCGCACACAGGUCUGCAAGGACGGCGUCAACUGCCGACGCCGCGUCUGCUUCUUCGCCCACACGCCGGAGCAGCUGCGCGUCGUCCCCCAGGCGCAGCAGCAGCAGAGCGCGCCGGCGUCGUCGGUAUUGGAUGGCUACUUCUCCAAGGGGCUCGCGUCGUCCCCCACAUCGACUCUGAUGUCGCCGCCGACGUCGCCGCCGUCGGAUUCCCCGCCGCUCUCUCCCAGCGGUCAUUCCCUCCGCCGGUCCCCGGUUCCCCUGGGUUCUUCGCCCAUCAACGGCGUCCUUGCAUCCCUCCGGCGAUUGCAGCUGAGCAAGGCAAAGUCCGUCCCCUCUUCCUGGGGCCUUCAGCAGGUCUCCGGCGUGGGAUCCCCUCGCGGAGUGGUGAAUGUAAGGCCCGGUUUCUGCAGCUUGCCGACAACCCCCACGGCGGCGAGCCCCGGUGGGCUUUUCGACGAGUGGGCGGAGCCGACGGAGAGGGUGGAGUCCGGUAGGGACCUGAGGGUGAAGAUCUACGAGAAGCUGAGCAGGGAGUUCUCCAUGGGGCGGGCCCAUGAGGAAGAAGAGGAGGCCAGGGCAGCGGCGGCCAUGGCCCCCGACGUCGGCUGGGUUUCUGAUCUGGUGAUGUGA